GUACUGUUUGAUAUGAGAUGUGGUAUCGUUUUCGUCGCCGUAUAACCAUGAAGAACGCGUUGAGAAUACUUCUCCAUGUCGCGAUUACUUCUUUUGUUAUGUUUGAGUUGUCGUUGAAGUUCUUUGAACCGGAUUGCUUGACCUGCUUAUUUAACAUAUCCGACAUCAAAAUACCAACCAUGUGGACUGAGUCACCUCCAACUAAACUGUCCGUGAAGCAGAGAGACGCUGAUGGUUCAGCUUCAGAGAGAUACGUUGAACCAGACUUGGGUAGCUUGUCAGGAGAAGAGAGAGCAGAUCUAGCGAGAACCCGGUGCAAGGAAGUAUACGGACCACACCCUAAACUGGAGAACUUGCAGUACCCUUUUGAGAACAGGGUGUUUCUAGCUAAUAAUGAGAAGCUGGCCUACUGUGCAGUUGCUAAAGCGUUCAGUUCUAAUAUCAAGAGGGUAAUGAUGUUCCUCUCCCGUUCAGGCAGGAAUCUAAAGAAACUUAAAACUGACAUUAGUCCUAUAAAUAAGAUUGUGUACCCACACCAGCUUAACUUCUGGCCUAACUCCACGAUAUUAAAACACUAUUCAGACUCAGGACAAACUCAGGUCUUAAAGGACUAUUAUAAAAUUGUUGUUGUAAGAGACCCCAUCUUGAAAGCAAUCUCAGCAUACAGGGACAAGUUCUUCAGUAAAACUGAUGACAAAUUCCAUCAGUACUUCAGACAGGCAACGGGGAAGGCUAUCUGCGUUGCAAUGGCAAAUUAUAGGGAGCGAGAGGACGCGAACAAGUACCUAAAAUCAGCAAUAGUUGACUGCGGUAGAGACCCUGCCUACAUGGACUUACAAGCGUUCCUUGUCUGGUCCUUUCUCGUUCCUGAUGAAUUCAGACCUCAUGCUGCAGAUAAUCUAAACCCACACUGGGCCCCCUCCAUCCCUAUAUGCAGGAUUUGCGACCCCACUGUGAACUAUCACUUUAUUGGGCACUUUGAAAGAGGCCUGAGAGACAUCUACGCUAUAUUUGAUCGAGCAAAAUGGGAUUUUCCGUUUCCCAGUGUAAGCGAUACUUCUAUCUCAGAGGAAGAAGCUGUGGCGUUCAAAAAGGAAGUUGACUCUUUGCCGGGGGAACUGGUUAGGGAGCUUAACCAGGCCAUGGCGGCUGAACGGUACAUCCUGGGUUAUACUAAUGAGAGACCGCUAAUUAACCGCUAAUUAACCGUUAAUUAACGGGGAUUAAACCACUGGUUAUUACGUUGGAAUUAACUUUUCAUGUUCAUUAUUGGAGGUGGAUUAAUGGUGGUCUUCGUAACACCUAGAUGACGUUUGUGUUGUAUUUACUGGGUUGUUUUGAUCAACAUGAUUUCUAAGGGUCAAGAGGUUCCAAUUUAAAUUAUUACUUUAUUUUAUUUUUUACAUUGUAGUCUUGAUUUGAGUUUACACUACAAUUUAAUGAGGCUUCACGUAUGCAUGAAAUGAGAAUCAAAU